AUGUCCUCAUCAAAAAUUCUUUUCACAGUAGGAUUGGGAACAGCCCCAUGUAACCAUCAUAACCAAACAUGCCAGGGACCUAACGGCACAAUAUUUACUGCAUCAGAUAACAAUGUCUCUUUUGACAUGCCAACAACAGCUCUCCUGCAAUCUCACAGAGUAUACUCACCAGAGUUUUCAUCACCUUUUAACUACAAAGGCAACCCACCAAAUUGUUCCAUGGUUAGCAUUGGAACAAAGCUUGUUGUCUUGCUCUAUAGCACCAGUGUGGAGCUGGUGAUGCAAGACACUAGCAUUCUCGGGGCUGAAAGCCACCCUCUUCAUCUUCACGGAUUCAAUUUCUUUGUUGUUGGCCAAAGGUUUGGAAAUUUUGACUCCAACAAGGAUCCUCAGAACUUCAAUCUUGUCGACCUGAUUGAGGUGAACACCAUUGGUGUGCCAUCAGGUGGCCAUUAG